AUGGCAUUAGAAAAAGUUCGGUUGAUCGGUUCAGGGCUACCUCUAGGCGCCGUUCAGGGUCUGCUAAUCGUCUGCCUGGCGCUGGCAUUGGGCCAGCAGGAGGCGGCGGGCGCCUACAGUCAGCAGGAGCUGCUCACCUGGCUGCAGCAGAGCAACCUUGGCUACCAGGUGCUGCAGCAGGCGAACAGCUCCAGCGACGAGCUGCUCUGCGCCACAGAGGUGGGCCUCCUGCUGCAGGCGGCCGAGCGGCACGCUCUGCCAGCGUUGCAAGUGCUCGAUGCCUGGGGCAAGUUUCCGCACGGCCUGCUCUACGGCCAUUUCAGUGAUCUCGGCAACUACGAGUCCUGCCUCAGCCAGAGCCUGAGCAACUCAGCUACGGCCCUAGCUGCCAGCAAAUACUGCUUGGCCCACAUCGCAUUCGAGUCGCUCUUAGCCAUGGACGAGGAUACGGUGAGCAUUAGCAUUGGCACCUGCAUUCCGGCUGCCUGCAGCGCCAAUCAGCUCAAUCGCUGGCUCAACAACUAUCUGCAGCGCAUCUUCGAAGAUUCAGUGGCUCCCCAGCUGCAGUUGGUGCAGGAGUCCAAUUGUGCCCUGGCCGCCAGAGAGCCAAUGGCGGCACUUGAUUGGUUCGCUAUUGUUUUGCUCAUCACUUUGGCCCUGCUCGUCAUGCUGUGCACGUUGUUGGACUACUUCAAAGGACCCCAAAAACUGUUGGCUGCCUUUUCGUUGCGCCAGAAUCUGCGGCAGCUGAUGAAGAUAUCGAGGCCAAGCAUUCAUCUGAUACCCUGCCUGCAUGGCAUACGCUGUCUGACCAUCAUCUGGAUCAUCUGGGGGCACGACUAUAUGUUCCUGCUGCUGGCGCCGAAUGUGAACAGCUACGAGGUUAUCGCCUGGGCGCAAACGCCAUUCUCGAUGAUAUUGCAGAGCGGCACCAUAGCCGUGGACACGUUCUUCUUGCUCAGCGGAAUGCUGCUCGUGAUGUCGACGCUGCGCGAGCUGGAACGCCGUUCGGGUCGCCUCAAUGUGCCGCUCAUGUACCUGCAUCGCAUCGUGCGCCUCACACCUGUGCUGGCCAUCGCUGUGCUCUUCCUGAUGACGCUGUUCCCUCGCCUGGACAGCGGGCCGCUCUGGCAGCAGUUCACCAGCUCCUCACAGCUGUGCUACGAUACCUGGUGGGCGACGCUGCUCUACGUCCAGAAUUAUGCUGCAGCGGGUCGCAUGUGUCUGGGUCACGCCUGGUAUCUGGCCGUGGACAUGCAGCUGUUCCUGCUCUCCCCCCUGCUCCUCUGGCCCCUCUACCGCUGGCGUCGUCGGGCUGUGGCUGGAAUCGUCCUGCUGAUUGCGCUGCUCUUCGGCUGCGUCUUCAGCAUCAUAAUGCUGAACAAGCUGACCGUCUUCAAUCGCAAGGGGAAUCUGGGCGCCGACAGCAUGGAGAUGCGCAUGAUCUACUAUACGACCCAUGCGCGUGCCAUGCCCUGGCUGAUCGGGCUGCUCUUUGGCUGCUUUCUGCACGGCGAGCAGGGCCGCCGGCGCCGCCUCCCCGCGUGGCUGAUGCUGUUGCUCUGGCUGCUGGCGCUGCUCUUCAUUGCGACGGCGAUCUGGAGCGUCUAUCCCUACACACGGCCAGGCGCCGCAGAGAUCUCGCCCCUGGCUGGCGCAUUCUAUUUGUGCUGCAGUCGCAUCGCUUGGCCCCUGGCCAUCUGCUGGCUCAUCUGGGCCUGCCAGAGCGGCCGUGGCGGCCUGGUCAACACCCUGCUCAGCUGGUCAUUCUGGCAGCCGGUGUCGAAGCUCUCCUACUGCCUCUACAUCUGGCAUCUGCUGAUCGAGAUGGCCAACACGGGGCGCAUCAAGAGCAGUCAACAUUUCUCCAACUAUGAUGCAAUUCUGCACUUUUGGUCAGACUUUGGCAUUACGUUGCUCGUCGCUCUGCUCAUGUAUCUUUGCGUGGAGGCGCCUUUUGUUCAAGUGGAGCUGCACUUGAUACGUACGCUACGUUCCCGUGCCACGCCCACAGCGCCAAAGCCCCAUACGGUGACGCCCACCGUCUCACUGGCCGUCAUCGCAGCGCCCACGAGCAUCUCACAGCAAAAUCUAAUCGAGGCUUAGGCCAAACGACGCUCAAAUCGGACCAAAUCUUUAUGAUAUUUUCAUUGCUCUUGCAUAUGUCU